UUGCUCUCUACAUUAUCAUAAGAGAUAAAAUUAAACUAGUAAAUUUUAUGAUAAGAGGUCAGGAAUAUUUCUCCGAUCAUAUGACUAAAGUAGUAGUAAUUUUUCAGAAGAGUUCCCGCUCGGCGCUUGAUCGGACGUCGAGUCUUGUUUAUGUCGAAAACCCGAGACGAGGCGAAGGAGAGAAGGAGAACUAAAAGCUAAUUAGAACUAGAAGAAGACCUCUGAGGCAACGUGAGCCAUCAUGCCAGUCAAAACGGAGAUGGCUUCUAUGGAUCCCCCGCCUCCAGCAAACUCAGGACAGCCAGGAGUAACGAGGAGCCUCCUAUAUAACGGCUCGCGGUUCCAGGGACAUCAGAAGUCCAAGGGGCAGUCCUACGACGUCGAGGUGGUUUUGCAGCACGUGGAUGAAGCAAACUCCUACCUCUGCGGAUACCUUAAGAUCAAGGGCUUAACGGAAGAGUAUCCCACUUUAACUACGUUCUUUGACGGUGAAAUAAUAAGUGCAAAAUUUCCUUUCCUAACGCGAAAAUGGGACGCUGAUGAAGAGGUGGAUAAAAAACAUUGGGGUAAAUUCCCACCAUUCUAUCAGUACACCAAAAAUUUCAACUCGGACUCCUUUGACUACAACGUUUUAAAAGAUUCCGAACACGUGUUUAUGAGAUGGAAGGAGCACUUUUUGGUUCCAGACCAUACAGUGAAGGAUAUAAAUGGGGCCUCGUUUGCAGGCUUUUACUAUAUUUGUUUCCAGAAGAGCACGGCCACCAUCGAUGGAUAUUAUUAUCACAGAACGUCAGAAUGGUACCAAUCGCUGAACCUCACUCACGUGCCCGAGCACAGUGUUCAGAUCUACGAAUUUAGAUAAAGAGAUGCCGAUAACCGCAGAUACUCAGAUGGCUUAGUGUGUAUGUGAUUCAUAUUUUAUUUGUUCCUCAUGUAAAGAUUUUUUUAUUGGAUUGUUAAGGAAAUGAUAUCGUUUUAGGGAAUAGAGUUUUAUAGCUCCCACAUGCAUUCAUUCAAGAAAGAAAAUAUAGGAAGAAAUGUCCAUUGUAUAAAACCAGUGAUGAAAGGCAGGCCAUGUUAUUUUAUCAGGUGGUUUUAGGUACAACUCAGUGUGUCAACAUUCUGUGAUUAUUUCUUAUAAUUCUUGUACAUCUGUCUAGGAGACUCCUUAUUUUGAAAUACAAUUUAGCACUUUUUUUUAUAUAUAUAUAUAAAACACAAGUCCAUCUGUGUGUUGAAGGGGACACACCAUUUUGUUUAUACCUGCUUGUCAAUCUUGGUGUCUCGUAUUACCUCUCUGGAAAAGUACUGGUGAUAUUAGAUAAUUUUUUAUAAACCAGUGUCCUAGAAUUAUCACCAUAUUGAAAUGUUGGGUAAAAGGAAAAGAAAAGAUAAUUAUUCUAUAUCUGUGAUUUCCAUAUAGGUGUUUACUGCAUUCUUCACUUCUGUAAUAAUCAAAUUGAUUCUUGAUCUGUGGAAUGUUAUAGGUACGGCUGAAGGGAAAUUUUCUAUAUACAAGGAAAGUUUUUAUCUGUUUACUGUUGAUGAGUAGGGGUUGGGGGAAACUUUUUUUUUUUUUUUUUUUUUUUUCUAGGUAAUUUAGAAGAAAAUGGUGUUUAUGUAAUUGAUAUGAAUAUGUUCCUAUAUUGCUAUUACUUUUAUUAAUGAGUGCUGCUUAUGAGAUUUCCAGUUAUUAGGCUCUCCCUCAUUUAAGUAACGGAAGAUUUUGAGACGGAAAUUGCAAGCCAAACAGCCACGUAAUAGUAUAGUGUUUACACAUCUGUAUACAGUUUAUUCUUUACUUUAGUGGAGUUGUUUUUAAUUUUCAUGUAUUGAUACAAAUCCAGGUAAUCUUGUAUUGAUAGAAUUAUUAUUCUUAAAUGUUUAUUUUCUUUUUAAAACUUUUUUUUUUUCUAAACUGGUCACGUACAGUCAGCAUAUCUUAGAGUUAAUCUAAGGUACAUUUUCCCCCUUUUUGUCAUAGGUUUCAGAUUAUGUACUUCUUUCUUUUUUAGGCUACAGUGAUAGAUCAGAUAAGGUACAGAAUCAUAUCAAGAACAGCAUCUCAAGUGCUGUAGUCUGUCUGCUGAGGAGUGUUUGAUAUGUUUGUAUAUAAACCAUAGUCAUAACUUUCUUCGGGGCCUCUUGCCAUGCUAUUCACACUUUCAGUCUCCCCCAUACCCCCAAGUGUACCCUGUCUGUGCUUGAGAUGGUGUUAUAUGUAUUAUCAUCUUUUUUCCAGUGUGAAAAAAGUAAGAAUAUUUUUUCUUAUUUUUUCCUGCCUGUAUGGCUGUCUAGACAGUCAGUCCUUUAUGGCCAGAUAUGGUUGAGCAUAUGAAACUAUGGUGAAUUGAGGUAUUUUGCACUGGUUUUCUCUCAUUUUUUAUUACUGUUCUUGGAGAGUUGUUGCAUUAGAGAAUCUCUGCCAAGUGGAUUAGAAAUCAGUCUUAUAUUUUAUUUUUGCCAUAGAUUAAGAACCGUAUAUGACCAUAAUAUUAUGCAGGUGUAAUAUUUUUUUUCUUAUGUAUCCUUUGUGUAUGUCAGCUUCACUAGCAAACUACUGUGUAGUUAUGUACAUAUUAAUAUAUAUAUAUAUUUUAUUCCCAAAGCACUGAGAGCCUGAGAUGUGUCAUGAAGGAGAGAAAUGGUAUUUAUACAUGCUUGUUUGUAUGAUGCUGGGUAUAAAAAAAAUGUGAUCAUUUUAUGGGUGAUUUUAUUCGAAACAUUAUUUCUCUUUAUGGAAGUAUAAUACUGUGAAAGUGUUUGUAUUCAGAGCCUAUUAAAACCUAUUUAUUACAGCUGAGAUACGACUAAAACUUCUAUGAUUCUGUACCUUGGUUGAUAAUGGCUAUACAACUUGAAUAUGGAAGCAUUUGUAAAAGUCCAUUUGUUGUUACUUAAUGUGUCUUUUGUGCUUAUUCACAUACGUUGGAGGGAUUUUAGAGGAACAAGAGUUGGAAUUAAAUUAUUACUGAAGGUUUGCAGAGUUAGUGUGAAAAGAGUUUAUACCCUACAUUAAGGUGAAUUGUAAAAUUAGAAAUGAUGAUGCAGGGAACAUUGACUCCCACAACAGAAGUACAUCCCAGAGAUUAAAAGACGCAAAAAAAAAUCUAAAUUUAAAAUCAUAUUUGGAUGUAAAAUUUUGUUAUAGAAAAAGCAAAGACCCAUCACAUUUAGCAGGAAUAAAAUUUUCGGGAAUGUAU